AUGGCAGCUCCGAUUUGCAUCCGAGCAGCGACUCACCGCUUACUGACAACGCCAGUGAAGGAGCUUCCCUCGAUUGCGACCUACGUUGCGACAGCUGUCGCUGAUUGUGGAAGUAUAUUAUCGGUGCCUCAAAGUCAGAAAAAAGCUUCAAGGGAGUCAGACAAUGCAUUGCUGGUGCAAAAAUUGAAAACCCGCAUCACAAAUCUCUUAGGAGAUCAGAGCGUUGAAGGGCGGUGGACUGGAGUUAUACUUGUUAAGGCAAUGAUAGAAGCGGGACAAUGGGAGAUUCUCCGUGGCUGCGAAGCUUGGGUUCGGGGCCUUCUAGGUAUUCUAGGGCUCUCCCUCAUUACUUUGACGCGCAUAUUCCGAUUGACUUAUCCAUACCAAACCUUGGUGCGAGAAAUAACCACACCGUCGCUGCCCACUUUUAUUACAUCUUGUUUGAAUUUGGUUUCUGUGAAACCAAUAGAUGGGCAAGCGAGACAACUGAAAAGAAUUAAUCCAUUGCUUGACACCGUUCUGCGUGUAUUUCUCGAGUUGCUCCCCCAUCAUCCUACCAUUUUUCGUCCAUUUUCGUCGCAAAUCCAUGGCCUGAUAUUGCCCCUCAUUGCGCCGUUUGGCGUUUCUGGUUCAUUAUCAAGGUCGGGCAUACGCCUGGCCCAACGGCUCUUCAUCACCCUACAUCAAUGUGCACCAAAGAAUACUGGCGGAGAAGAAUGGCUUAAGGCUUGUAGGUCUACAAUAUCGUCCGUACAUCAGACAAGUGAUCACUUGUUCCGAGGUGUUGUGGAACAGUGGGAGUCUGUUGAUACCACCUUCCGCCGCCCAUCUAGACCAAAAAAUUACGAUCACCCGGUUGGAGAUGGUCACCCCGACGCGCUUGGGUCUCCAACCUGGCAAGUGGCAAUUCCAUUAGGAUCCAUACUUGAUUUAUCCAGUCGUUUAGUCUCAGUGACAUCCCCCUCAUCAGAGGACGCCUCACAAUGUGUGACAGAUUUAAAUCCCGAAGUUGGCCGGGAGGAAAGGGAGAGCCUUUGGGCUGAGUUACCCCGGCUUCACAUUGCAGUUCUAGAUCUUUUGCGCACUAUCGUCGAAAGAUUGGGCCUAGGAAGCAUCUCGAUUGCCCAAAGUUGUCUUGAGCAAACCCUUUGGAUAUUUGAAGCCGAAUAUAGCAAUAUUCACAUACGCAUUGCCGUUUACAAAGUGUUAAAUACUCUGCUUCCUAUUAUUGGUCCAUCCAUCAUAAAACCUGGUGUAACGCCCUUGGCAUCAAUAGUCCGAUCCGCGUGCCAGGACCUUUUACCGUCCUCUAUGAGCAAUGCUGUGGAUGAUAAUCAACAUCUUAAUGGAAAAUCUGCUGCGAAGCCAAAUCCAACGACAAGCAAUGUGGACUCUUUCCUGAAUAUAAACCACAAAGCUAGCAUUGACGCGGAACAUCCCCUUCCGGGUCUGAAAAGUGCGGCUGCAGAUCUUCUCACAAGUCUCCUCACAUUCCUAACCGGCUGA